ACAAAGUGUGAAAAGAGAAUCAAACUCCAAAGCUCUUAAAAAUGAAUUCAACAAUAAUGAUGCUCGCUGCCGUGAUACUUUUGGUAUCUGUGGUUCAUGCUGCAACUCCAGCCACUGCAGCAACGCCUGCAACUCCAGCCACCGCAGCAACUCCGGCGACACCUGCAGCGAAAGUUAAAAGAUCUGCUCAAAUAGCUCUACCAACCCUUCCUGCUCUUCCGGCAAAUCCAGCUGUUCCUGCAACUCCAGCAACUGCAGCAACUCCAGCCACUGCUGCAACUCCAGCCACCGCAGCACCUGCAGCGAAAGUUAAAAGAUCUGCUCAAGUAGCUCUCCCAGCCCUUCCUGCUCUUCCGGCAAAUCCAGCAAAUCCGGCUACUCCCGGUAAGUAAGUACUGUUCCGACAACCCGACAACAUCGCCAUAAGAGUGAAGAA